AUGAUAACUGCAAAAGCCCUAGAUUACUUCAUCGAGCUCAUGAACGAUUCGGGCAUAAAAGACGAUCUUCGGCUGGAAGAGAGCUUCCAUACCCUGGACGAAAUCUACGAUUGGCUCGACAACCUGCCGAUGAAGUAUUGCGAAAAGGUGGAAACCAUCAUCGGUGGUCACACUUACGAGGGACGAGACAUCAAGGGUGUGAAGAUUUCGCACAAUUCAAACAAGCCGGGAAUUUUCAUCGAGGGUGGUAUCCAUGCUUGGGAAUGGAUUUUACCGGCCACGGUUACAUUUUUAAUCAAUGAAUUGCUCUCUAGCACUGAACCGACUGUUCACGAAUUAUCCGAAUCUUACGACUGGUACAUUUUCCCAUCGAUCAAUCCCGAUGGUUAUGUUUACACUCAUACCUCAGUAAAUCACAGUCUGCAGGAUCAAGCUGUUUUGGCGCAGACCUUAACAGAAACUGGAAUUACAAAUGGAUGCAAGUCGGCGCUAGCAAUGAUUCGUGCGACCGAAGAUAUCUUUGCUCAACUUAUCAUGGUACCUUACGCCUACACCAAGGAGCAUCUUGAUAACUAUAACGAAACGUAUUCGGUUGCCGUAAAGGCUGCGGAAGCAAUAUCUAAGAGAUAUGGUAGUAAAUACACUCCUGGAUCUUUGGCUGAAACCAUGUAUCCAGUUUCCGGGGUAUCCGUGGAUUGGGUAAAGGCAGUAUUGAAAUUGCCAUUAGCUUUUGCUUAUGAACUUCGCGAUCGAGGUGACUUCGGAAUGUUACUUCCGCCAGAGCAAAUUAUUCCGACUGGUCAAGAGGUGGUUGAUUCUUUGAUCGUUCUUUUUGAAGAAGGUAGAAAAUUGGGAUACUCUUAG